GAUGGGAGAUUUUGUGACCAACCCUAGCGAGGGAGGGAUGCAACACCGACGAAUCUCCUUACCAGAGGGAGGGAAAGCAAUACAAUCCUGUUCUAGUAAAACAGCUGGGAAGAAUCAUGGUCAUUAUAGCAAGGAAAAUAAGGGUCUGCCACCAAAUGCACUGCACCUGCAAAGUGAGGCCUCGGAGAAAAGAUUGAACUCUGUUGAUGAUGAGGCGGCUCAGAUCACUCUUUUAUCCCUAAAGUCUGAUAGAGCAACUCUACACCAAAGAACAGAAUUUCAGAUUCGACAGAGAGAGAUUUGUGUUUCCAAUAUUGUAGAAGAGGUUCGCCAUGUUAGAGAUUCAAUCUUAUCAAUCCAUGAUCCUCAUUCAACUAUUCUUAUUCAACAGUUAGACCGACUUCAGGAUGGAUUAGAAGGUUUAGUUAAAAGCAGUCAGUUUGUUGGCCGACUAAAAUAUGAAGAAAAAUGUUCUAAACAAAUGGACACGAUAAGAAUCUAUGCUGCGAGUUUGAGUAGAGAAAGAGAAGAAAUGAAUCAGGAAAUGAAAAUGCUUGGAGCUAACUCAGAAAUUCAAGAAAUUAAGAGUCGCUUCAAUAAUGAAGAGAAUUUAAAGAGUUCUGGAGAUUCUAAAAUAAAUCCCCCUGAGACUCCGGACUUUUGCAUCAAUUGGAAGGUGGAGGGUGCACUGUUCCAAACAAUGUCUCUUGAACCUGGCUCUAGUCAUCUAAAGAAAAUACAAGAUAAAAGAUCAAACAUACUUUCCUUUGAUCAUUCCAUCUCACAGGAUGGGGAGCUAGAGGAUACAGGGUUUAGAAUAAACUGUAAACCUCCAGGAGAAAAACUUCUACUCAGAAGAAGGGAAAAAUCAAUGGAGGGGAAGAAAAGAGUUUCAGUUUCAGAUAGUUUGAUUGUGGCGUGUUCUCCUGGAUCUCGAUCAGGUUUAGUUGGAACCUGGGUAGCAUCUCAGGUUGAGAGACGGUUUACAGAACUCCUAAACCAGAUUAAACUAAGAAUAUCCAACUCCUGGAUCCUUGACUCUAUAGUAGGAAUAGAACUGGAGAAAACCCAGGCACUCAACUUCGCCAGGUAUGGACUGGCGACUGUCCUGUUGUUAAUAUCUAUCUAUCUAAUCCUUCAGAGUUUGUUUAUUUUCUAUUUUCAAUCAGUAUGAUUCAAAAUACGACUCAAUAGUUUAAAACCUCAGAAAAAAUUGAGUCUAAGCCACGAACUCAACUGUUCUUUUCUCUAUAUCUAUGCAACCUGCUGGUGUAGAAAAUUUGAUAUUUAAAACUUUUUUUGCUAACAGAAUUCCUAGUUUGAAAUAUCAAAGGUCUACGACACCUAUGUCGGGUCUCUUUCAAUGCAUUAUUAUUUAUUCCACAGUUUUGUGAAUAUCUCCUUUACUCCACCCGUCCCCCAUUGGUUGUUUUUUGAUAAAAUUGUUAAUCCAUGUCUAUUAUUAAUAAACGUAAACAAAUUCUUGAAAAUUAACUGAAAUAGCGACGUAUGAACGGACUUCAUAAAAUGUACUUAAGCCCAAGGGUUUCUAUUCGCAAAACCUUUUUAUAUGAUUUAAGGAAAGUUUAGCGUAAUUUAGUUUUAGAAUAUUUUAAAUGACAUUUAAAAAUAUGUUCCUAUUUUAACCUUAUCUGGUAUUUUAGUUAGGAAGCUCAAAUUUUCUGGUUUUUCUAACAAAUACAUGUCCCUCACUAAAGGCUGAUUUUUGUAGCAUGCAAGAUAAAUUUAGAGUUUGUAAAGAGAGAUUAACCAGCUCAGCUCAAGUUUUACGCUAUUUUGUGCGAAUUAAUCACUACUAGAUGUGCCCCUCCCUAGCCAUAUCAAUAUCUAACUGAAAGAUUUGUUCUGGAUAUUUAUGUUUAAUUCUGAAAACUGAACUCGUGCUUUAUAAUGAAAAAGAAAGAAAUUGUUAAUAAUUUUUAAUUCUUUUGAAUUUCGAAAUACACGUUUAUAUUGCU